ACGUUUCAACAGAAAGAAGCUGUCCGCAGUUCAAUAGUGGAACAGAUAUAUAGUCCCCGCUGAUCGGGAAAUUGGGAGUAAGACUGCUGAUCGCCGGCGCCAUAAAAACAACAAAAGCUUCUCAAGCAAAGCUCCUGCUGGCAAUAACUGAGUAAUUUUGGAGUUCUACUUCUACGGACAAGAAGAUAACUAUGUACAAAACCGCGCAAUCGUGGUUCACCGGAGGUCCCAGCCAGACGAGCAGCGAUCUGACAACACAACCACCUUCUCUUCUUGCUGAUUGGAACGCAUACGCUGCAUCUUCACAAUCUAGCCAAGAUCUAGAUUCUUCCAGCCUCGGUUUCGAUCUCGAAGCCGCAGUUAGAACCGCCAACGAUAAGGUUUCCGGCACUUUUAACGUAGUUUCAAAGGGAGUGAGGGACAUUCCUGGAAAUUUGCAGUCUGCCACGAGCAAUGUUCCAAGCGGAAAAUCUCUUAUGACGUUUGGCAUACUUCUUGCUGUUGGGGUGUUUCUUAUCUUCACUGCGGUCACUGUGUUUCUACCAGUCAUGGUGCUUGUGCCUCAGAAGUUUGCUAUAUGUUUCACCAUCGGUUGUGCCCUUAUAAUUGCUUCCUUUUUUGCUCUCAAGGGAUAUAGAACUCAGUUUUCACAUAUGACAUCCAAAGAGAGACUUCCUUUUACGUUGGGGUUUAUUGGCAGCAUGAUGGGCACCAUCUAUGUCUCAAUGGUGCUUCACAGCUAUGUCCUAUCUGUGGUCUUCUCUCUUUUACAGGUCAUCUCAUUGUCAUAUUAUGCAAUUUCCUAUUUUCCUGGAGGAUCAGCCGGCGUGAAAUUCUUCACUUCUGCCCUUACUUCUUCUAUUCUGAGAUGCUUUGGGAGGUGAUCUUAAUUGGUAAUAAGAUGUCUAUAACUUCUACUCCAAUCAAGUUUUACAUAAUCCUUCCUUUCAAAUGCCCAUUUCUGUUGGGCAUGUGAUUUUAAUUGAUACUUUCAUUUUUUGGUGAAUCCUUCUGUGUACCCUCCUCGGUGGACGUAUAGAUGUUACCCUUGAGCCAACUUUUUGUAGCCAUAGAUUGUUUAAUAGUAUUGAGAUUGGGUUUGACUG